AUGCAGAUCACGAUCAAUUGGCCUCUCCUUCUUCUGCUAACCUUUCUCAUCUGUGGCAGUCUCUUCAAAGAGAUCGGUAAAGGCGAACGUAUUGCGCUCUCUCGCCUGUGCAUCACGCAUCUGGAAAAGCACAACCGCCCACUACGCAUUGCCAUUGAUGCCGCGAUCUGGAAUUUCCAAACUCAACACGGCGGCGUAGGAGGCAAGAAUCCAGCUCUGCGCACGUUGUUCUAUCGUCUUUUGAAACUGCUGGCUCUGCCUAUUGACCCUGUCUUUGUAUAUGACGGGAACAAGAAGCCGCUUUGUAAGAGGGGACGGACUGUAUCCCGCUGGCAAGGUGGCAAUGUCACAGACCAUGCUUCCAAGAAGUUGAUCUCCCUCCUUAGCUUUCCUUGCCAUGUGGCGCCCGGAGAGGCCGAGGCAGAAUGCGCAAUGCUUCAGAAGCACGGGAUAGUGGAUGCGGUGAUGACGCAAGAUGUCGACGCCAUCAUGUUCGGUUCGGGACUGACGUUACGAGACUGGUCGAAGGAGAGCAAAAUGAAAGGCAAUCAAACUCCCACGCACGUCACUGUCUUCGAUCUGGAAAAGCUGAAGGAGGUCAGCAGAGGCUUGGACCCGGAUGGGAUGAUUCUGGUCGCGCUACUGAGUGGUGGUGACUACGAUGAGGAUGGAGUCGCGGGGAUCGGUGUCUCCCUCGCGUGCGACAUCGCACGCGCAGGAUUUGGAUCCGAUCUAUUGGACCUCGUAAGGAAUGAGGAUGAUGAUGGUAUAGCAGAGUGGAGAGAACGAUUGCAGUACGAACUGGAAUCAAAUGAAAGCGGAUACUUCAAGAAGAAGCGGAAAUCGGUCAAAAUCCCAGAGGAUUUCCCAAACAGGCGCAUUCUGGACUAUUACAUGAACCCGGCAGUGACGGAAGAGCGCGAGCUGAAGGAUUUGGAGAAGAAGUGGACGAAGGCGUGGGAAGCAGAGGUUGAAGUACAAGCUCUCCGCAACUAUGCCAGGGACACGCUUGACUGGCAGUAUAAACCGGGCGCGUGGAAGUUUGUCCGCGUUAUGGCACCGGCUUUGCUUGCCGAUCGGUUGCGAAGGGAUGCAGCGGCGUCGAUAGUCACGUCGCCUGACCAGAUCACAGAACGAAGGCAACACUUUGUCAGCGACGGUAUUCCGGAGCUGAGGGUGACUGUGAUUCCUGCCAAGAUCGUUGGUUUGGAUCUUGAUACGGAAGAAGACAGCCCAGAGUACCUCAGCAGGCUUGCCGCUCACGGGGACGACGAAGCUGCGGGAGGAGAAACCGAAUUAGGAGAGGACGGAGCUCCAGCAUCGAGUCAGAUUCCCGCAGAGAGGCGAAGGGCACCGCCUUGGCUACCUUGGAAUCCUGAGAAGAUGUGGCUGGCCGAGGCAAUUGUGGAGCUUGGAGCUCGCGAGCACGUUGAACGUUGGAAUCAGAGGCAGUGGGAGAUUCAGAAUGACCCCAAGAAGUUCGCCACUCGAAAAUGUCCACAGAAGAAGAAAGAGCCACAGAAACCGGAGAAGACGGGAGGAAUGAAGGCCGGAGCAAUCCACAGCUACAUCACCGCCACCAAGCCGACAAGUAAGCCCGAUGACUCGGGCCAGCCGGGUUCCGACGCAGCAGCGAAGACGAUCACCGACCCCCUUGCAGUAGUUGAUGCAUCUCUGCUGCUUUCACCUCCUCGGGCCAAGUCGACAACCACCGAUUUGUUGGAAGCCGAGGAUGGGUCUCUUUCUCCAUCGCCGCCAGCUCCCCGACUUGAGGCGAAAAUCAAGACCCGGCGUGCUAUAGGCACUCCUACGAGAUCCAAGUCGAUUCGACAGGAGCAAAGCACCUCGCCUUUCAUGCAGGACUAUUUCAAGUUCACAAAGAGGAGCGAUGUGGAACAGGCCUCACAAGAGCCACAAACGUCACAAGCCAGUCCAUUGACGAGGCUCAACCGAGUCGACCUCAGAAAGGAGGGAGACCUGCUCAAAUCGCAAGAAACCCACAGCGAGAAGCACUCAGGACCUUCAACCUCAAGCUCAAUAGAUCUCGUCGUGCGGAUCGGGAAGAAAUCCUCGAAGCCGCGAGUGAAGAACACUUUGACUGUCGUCUCGCUCGAACCCACAUCAUCAUAUCCACAUCAACGGGAUGUCACAGCCUCGGACGUGUUGCUGAGCCAGCAGGAGAGAUACGAAGCGGCAGAUCCGAAGCAGUCAGAUGUUGAAGACACCCUCAAUAAUGUCACUCGGCGUACCCCUAAACGGCAAGCGAAGAGAGAUCAAGCUCUUUUGGACAUCCAAGCAUCAAGUCCUGGGACAGUCGGGCCGAGAAGGCGUAUCGAGAGCUUCUUUAAACCAUAUCUGAAGCCCAGGAAGGAAGCAGAAGCACUCCCGAUUGAGACGUGCCCCAAAGACAGUGAAGACCUGGGUGUGUUCCCUACGGAGCCGACGGUGGAUCUGUUGAGAUUGUCUGGGGAUGCACAUAUGCAUGCCAUUCCCCGAUCGAGCUUACCAGGAACAUGGAAAGAAGCUGAAUCGCUUCUCGCCUGCCUCGGGUGA